AUGCUAACAAGGAACUGCCUGCUGCUGUUCCUGUGGAUUCUAGUCGACGACGGCUCAGUCUUUUCUUUACGUCCACCUUUACCACCACUGGGACGGAGCAGGACGGGGAGGGAGCACGCCAGGAGCUUGGUGGGCCCAAUGAGGAAUGGGGCAGCUGGAUUUCAACGGGUCAAAAGGGGCUGGGUGUGGAACCAGUUCUUUGUACUGGAGGAGUACAUGGGGUCAGACCCGCAGUACGUGGGCAAGCUGCACACUGACCUCGAUAAGGGGGACAGUGCGGUGAAGUACACUCUCUCGGGGGACGGGGCUGGCUCCAUUUUCACAAUUGACCAAACAACGGGGGACAUCCAUGCCUUAAGGAGCCUUGACAGGGAGGAGAAGCCUUACUACACCCUUCGCGCCCAGGCUGUUGACAUCGACACCAAUAGGCCCUUAGAGCCUGAAUCAGAAUUUGUAAUCAAGGUUCAAGACAUCAACGACAAUGAGCCAAAGUUCCUGGAGGGACCAUAUAGGGCCAGUGUCCCUGAGAUGUCACCAGUAGGGACGUAUGUGACGCAAGUGACAGCCACUGAUGCAGAUGACCCCACCUACGGAAACAGUGCGAGAGUGGUAUACAGCAUUCUCCAUGGCCAGCCGUACUUCUCUGUUGACCCUAAAACAGGGGUUAUAAAGACAGCCUUGCCCAAUAUGGACAGAGAGGUGAAGGAACAGUACCAGGUAUUAAUCCAGGCCAAGGACAUGGGGGGCCAGCUGGGAGGGCUGGCCGGGACAACCACAGUCAACAUCACCCUCAGCGAUGUCAACGAUAAUCCACCCAGGUUCUCCAAAAGUUUCUUUCACCUUCGAGUUCCUGAGUCCUCUGCAGUGGGAUCUGCUGUCGGUAGAAUCAAAGCCCAUGACUUGGACAUCGGGAAAAAUGCCGAAGUAGAGUACACCAUUGUGCCAGGUGAUGGAGGUGCCAUGUUUGACAUCACUACCAAUGAACACAACCAAGAGGGGAUCAUCAUUCUUAAAAGGCCGCUGGACUUUGAAACUAAGAAGGCAUACACCUUUAAGGUAGAUGCCUCUAAUGCUCAUCUGGAUCCACGAUUUCAAAGCUUUGGGGCCUUCAAAGACACAGCAACAGUGAAGAUUAACGUUUUGGAUGUGGACGAGCCCCCGGUGUUCAAUAAGCCCUCCUAUGUGAUGGAUGUGUACGAGGACACACCCGCGGGCACCAUCAUUGGAGCGGUGACAGCACAGGAUUUAGAUGCCAGCAGCAGUCCAGUCAGGUAUUCCAUUGACUGGAAGAGUGACUUGGACAGCUACUUUGACAUUGAUCCAGUGGAGGGAACAAUUUCCACAAACGAACUCCUUGACAGAGAGAGCAUCGCUCAGCACAAUAUCUCCAUCGUGGCGACCAAACUUAAUAGUCCAGUUCUGACCAGUCGGGUGGCCGUCACUGUCCACGUAUUGGACAUCAAUGAGUUCCCACCUGAACUCGCCAGUCCUUAUGAGACCUUUGUGUGUGAAAAUGCCAAAGUGGGACAGGUGAUUCAAACAUUCAGUGCAAAAGAUCAGGAUCUACCGACUGCUGGACAACAAUUCUCUUUCAAAUCACCAAAAGAAGAAAUGAAAAACAAGAAUUUCACCAUCCGCGACUUUGGAAACAACACAGCUGGGAUUGUGACGAAGCGGAGUGGCUUUAGAAGGCGUUUGCAGGAGAUUUACCUCCUCCCUGUUGUGAUUGAAGAUAAUGGCUACCCACCGAAGAGCAGCACAGGCACCCUGACUAUCCGUGUUUGUGGCUGCAAAUCUGAUGGUUCCCUGCUAACUUGCAGCGCAGAGGCCAUCUUUCUCCCUGUGGGUCUCAGCACAGGAGCUCUGAUUGCCAUCCUGCUAUGUAUCAUCAUCUUGUUAGUCAUUGUGGUCCUCUAUGUGGGCUUGAGGCGGCAGAAGAAAAAGGAAACCCUCAUGUCAUCCAAAGAGGACAUCCGGGACAAUGUGAUCCACUAUGACGAUGAGGGAGGCGGGGAAGAGGACACACACGCAUUCGACAUGGGGACACUUCGCAAUCCCAAGGUUGUCAAAGAGAACCUGUACCGCAGAGACGUCAAACCUGAGAUGAAGAGAGGUCCAAAGCCGCCAGUCUCUCAGGACAGCGCAGACAUCAGAGAUUUCAUCAACCAGCGUCUGAAAGAGCAUGACAUGGACAACUCAGCCCCACCCUAUGACUCCCUGGCCACGUAUGCCUAUGAGGGCAACGGCUCUGUGGCCGAGUCGCUCAGCUCCAUCGACUCCCUCGCCAUAGACCUUGAGGAGGACUAUGAUUACCUUAAUGACUGGGGACCCCGCUUUAAGACACUGGCAGGGAUAUUUGGGGAGCAGUCAGAAACUCAGUCGGACUCAACCACCACAGAGAACACACAUUGAUGUUAUUCACAGACUCAAAAGCAAAUAUGUAACAAUGUUCUUUUGGUUGGCGACACACAAUAUUUUACCAUUGUUUUCCUCACGUUAUUAGUUUUCAUGUUUUUCCAGCUCACUGUUUUCUAUUUUAUGUGGUACCUUGU